AUGUCGAAUAGUUCUCCAGUCACAACGGUUUUUGUAGAUUUUAAAUCAGCAUUUGAUCAAUUAUGGUUCGAAGGCUGGCUUGGUAAACUGGCCAGAAUGGGUAUUCCACAUGCAUAUGUCAACUGGAUUCGAGCAUGGCUAAGUGACCGACGAGCAGUCAUUGAAGUCCAAGGAAAAAGAUCAAAAUGGAUUUCAAUGGAACGCGGUGGUCCUCAAGGCUCCAGUUUCACGCCGACAUUGUUCGUCACGUACCACAGUGAUAUGGCCGAUUUUAUUCCUAAGGCAAUGUCGUUUUUCUUCGCGGACGAUCUGGCCGUAGUACUAGCGGGUCGAAUAGGUAUUAAGUAUACAGAUCAGUGUAUAGAUCUCGAACGCCGGCUACAAAUGCUCCUGGAGCAACUCGAAUUCUACUCGAUUCUAGCUGUACAACCAAUAAAUUACUCAAAAACUCAAGCAAUGUUCUCAGCACGAGCCGUCUGGUAUCCGAACCCAAUGUCACAGCUCCGAUGUGGUGGUCACUCGAUUGAAUGGAUUUCCUCGUUUAAGUACCUUGGAUAUUCGUUAACGACAAAGAUGGGAUGGGAAACAUCAUUGGAAUUACGCGGCUAA